AUGGGUUGUCAUGAGGAUUCAAGAUGGGAGAGGAGAGCAGUGAAAGUCAACCUGAACUCUUUGCAUGAAGGGCAGUACAAAAAUGUAGCAAGUAAAAAAACACAGUAUCUAAAGCUCAUUGGAAACAAUCAGAGAGUGUUGACAAAGUUCUACCAACACAUCCUGGCUUUGGUGUUUGCUGUUGAUGAGGUCAAUGACAACCCCAAGAUCUUACCCAAUGCCACCCUUGGAUUCCACAUCUAUGACAGCUACUCAGAUUCAAGGAUGACCUACCAUUCUACUCUGGACCUGCUCUUUAAAUCACGUCACUUUGUCCCCAACUACAAAUGUGGCAUCCAGAAAAACAUAAUAGGAGUCAUUGGGGGACUUAGCUUUGAUACCUCCUCACACAUGGCAGACAUCUUACAUCUUUUCAAGAUUCCACAGAUUUCAUUUGGUUCAUUUGAACCAAGAGAGAAUGAUGAAAUCAAGUUCCCUUCCUUUUACCGCAUGGUCCCCAAUGAAAGGCUUCAAUACCGGGGAAUUGUCCAGUUACUUCUUCAUUUCAAAUGGAAAUGGGUUGGGUUUAUUGCUCAAGAUGAUGAAGGUGGAGAACAUUUCUUGCAGACUGUGGAGCCAAUGCUUUCCAAGAAUGGGAUCUGUUCAGCAUUCACAGAAAGAGUUCAAACAUCUGUGCAUUUCCCCAGUAACAUAUUUGAUAUGAUAGAUGAAGCACGAAUUCAUUUAUCAGCUUUCAUGAUGAGCAAAGCCAAUGCAGUUGUUAUACAUGGAGAAACUGCAGCUAUGAUAUCAUUGACAAGUACUAUAGGGGCAAUCAAGGUAACUCAACUAAUGUUUCCUCAAUACAAGAAGUGGCUAUCUGAGGCAAAAAUAUGGAUUACGACAGCCCAAAUUGAUUUCACAUUAUAUAUCCUUCAAAAAGUUGUUGAUGUUGAUAUGCAAAUGUUUCAUGGUGCUAUCUCCUUUGCAAUUCACACAAAGGAGAUUCAAGACUUCAAAGAAUUUCUUCAUACUGUAAAUCCCACCUGGGCAAAUGGAGAUGGUUUUAUCAACAAUUUCUGGGAACAAGCAUUCAUUUGUUCAGUCUGGAACUCCACUGUGUCAUCAUUGAUAGGCAAUACAUGUACUGGAGAGGAGAUGUUGGAGAGCCUUCCUGCACCUUAUUUUGAAAUGAGCAUGACUGGCCACAGCUACAGUAUCUAUAAUGCUGUCUAUGCAUUGGCACAUGCUUUACAUAUCACAUAUUCAUCUGGAGCCAACCUCAAUACAAUGGAGGCCAGGGCCAGACUGUCUCCUUGGAAUGCCGAACCGUGGCAGCUCCACUCAUUUCUUCAGAGGAUCUUAUUCAACAACAGUGCUGGAGAUGAAAUUACCUUUAAUGAACGUGGAGAAUUAGCAGCUGGAUUUGAUAUUACAAACUUGGUCACAUUUCAAAAUAAAUCCUAUGUCAGGGUCAAAGUAGGAAAUCUGGAUCCUCACGCUUAUCCUGGCAAAGAGCUCAUCAUUAAUGAAGACAGAAUCAAAUGGAACAGAGACUUUACUCAGGUGCCACCCCUUUCAGUAUGUAAUGACUGCUGCCCUCCUGGCUAUGGGAAGAAAAAGAAGGAGGGGAAGAAAUUUUGCUGCUAUGACUGUGCUCCGUGUCCAGAUGGGAUGAUCUCGAAUGGGAAGGACAUGGAAAUUUGUGUCAGUUGCCCAGAAGAUCAGUAUGCAAACAAAGGCCAGGAUCAAUGCAUUGCCAAAAUUCCAAAUUUCCUAACUUUUGAAGAUACUUCAGCCAUUAUUUCAACUUUCUCUUCACUUUUGUUGUCUCUGAUCACAGUUCUGAUGCUUGGCAUCUUCAUCAAGCACAGGGACACUCCCAUAGUCAAAGCGAACAACAGAAGCCUCACCUACAUUCUCCUCAUCUCCCUCCUCUUGUGCUUCCUCUGCUCUUUCCUGUUCAUUGGAAUGCCUAAUAAAGUGACCUGCCUUCUUCGACAAACUGCUUUUGGCAUUGUCUUCUCUGUGGCCCUCUCUAGCAUCUUGGCCAAAACCAUCUCUGUGGUUUUGGCAUUCAUGGCUACCAAACCAGGAUCCAGGAUGAGGAAGUGGUUGGGACCAAAACUGGCUUAUUCCAUUGUUCUCUCUUGCUCAGAAAUUCAAGUAGGGAUCUGUGCUGUGUGGCUAGCAACAACUCCCCCAUUCCCAGAUAUGGACAUGCAUUCAAUGACUGAAGAAAUUCUGUUGCUAUGUAAUGAAGGCUCAGUCCUCAUGUUCUAUUGUGUCUUGGGCUACAUGGGCUUCCUGGCCAUUGUCAGCUUCACUGUGGCCUUCCUAGCCAGGAAGUUACCAGACACUUUUAAUGAAGCCAAGUUCAUCACCUUCAGCAUGCUGAUCUUUUGCAGUGUUUGGGUCUCAUUUGUUCCAACAUACAUGAGCACAAGAGGAAAAUAUAUGGUAGCUGUGGAGAUCUUCUCCAUUUUGGCUUCCUGUGCUGGGUUACUGGGUUGUAUCUUUUUCCCCAAAUGCUACAUAAUUGUGAUGAGGCCUGAGUUAAACACCAGAAACCAGCUAAAGCGAAGAAAUAUAUAA